UCGAGGGACUUACUGGGAAUAAGCUUGCAUGGCAGGAUAAGGAACAUGGAUACUUACUGAUUCUUUCUUUUAUAAAAAUGUGUUUAAAAGGACUUUUUUCUUUUGCACUUUUUUUUAAUCGUUAAUUUUGAAAAUACAGGGGCAUUUGCAGUUAUAUAUAAUGAAUGCUCUGCAGAAAACUUACACCUGAAGCGAUUUUUUUCCCUUUUUUUUGGAUUAAGACGCUCAGAGCGCACCUGUUAACCACUGGAGCGCCCGGCGCACCGGACAUUAGACAGACUGGGAACCCUCCGAGACACAUACUACAUGCUCUCAUCCGUUUUCUAAUCAUCCAAUAAGAAAGCACGAUGAAUAGACGGAGUUUAGUCCAACUUCUAAUGCAACUAUCGUGCGUUUGACUUCUGCGGUUGGAUGUGCGUAAAGGGAACGCGGCACACACGCAUAAAGUCACCACAAAACUCAAGCUCGCUGUUUUGGCACUUGCUGUUGAGGUGGUUGAUGUUGUAGGGGUUGGUGUUGACAGGCACUGAAUUAACAACAGCUGUCAAACUCAUGGGAUCAUCCUGCCCCCCGGGCUACUGGGAGCUCUGCUGAGAUCGCGACUGCGCAUGCCAAAGCGCUGGACAGCUCCAGAGAGGGAAAUUUAAAAAAGGGUUUUUUGGAGAAACAAGUGCAUCACCGUGGAAUACAGUACAGGGGCUCACAAUCGGCUCUCCCUUCUUGGAUAUCAACCAAAAACAGAAAAAAGCUACUACACAUCCUGGGAAAUGAUAGAAGGUGGAAUAACUUCCAGGAUGUCAGGAAUAAUUGAGAAUGCUGGGCAUCAUCCGUCACCACAGGACUACAGGCUUCUGACCACGGACCCCUCCCAGCUGAGGGUGGAGGACCUCCCUGGGGACCUGCAGUCUCUGUCAUGGCUAACCUCCGUGGAUGUGCCCCGGCUACAGCAGAUGGCUGACGGCAGAGGCCACAGCAACGGACCCUCCCAGGGCAGCCUGUUGGAGCAACAAACAGCUCAGCUGAGUAACGUGACCAUACCCGGGAGCCAAGGCACCAUGCUGCACCUCCAGAGUAACAUGCAGCACAGCCCCCUGGGAAUUAGUAUCAUCAACAAUCGCACUGGAAGUAUGUCUGAAUUCCAUAUGAAUGGGCUGCCCUCACCAGGGUAUCAGUGCCCUACCUCAGUCUACCAACCUGCAUCCCAACAGAUGUACUCUCUGACCCCAGCUGGGCAACAGUGUUCAACUGGCGGGCUUUACAGUAAUGUCUCUUUCAAUAACCAAAGUCUGUUCACACAACCUCGCCUGGCUCCACAAGAACCAGAGCUGCAGCCCAAGUCUUUCCCCAAGCCAAUCUACUCCUACAGCUGUUUAAUUGCUAUGGCUCUUAAGAACAGCAAAACAGGCAGCCUUCCAGUCAGUGAGAUCUAUAGCUUCAUGAAGGAACACUUUCCUUAUUUUAAGACUGCACCUGAUGGAUGGAAGAAUUCAGUCAGACACAACCUCUCCUUAAACAAAUGCUUUGAGAAGGUGGAGAACAAGACGAGCAGCUCAUCCCGUAAGGGCUGUCUAUGGGCACUGAACCCUGCCAAAAUUGACAAGAUGGAGGAAGAGAUGCAGAAGUGGAAACGCAAGGACCUCCCAGCCAUUCGCCGCAGCAUGGCUAACCCUGAUGAGUUGGACAAACUGAUCACAGACCGCCCAGAGAACUGCAGACGAAAGGCUUUAGAGCCAGGUAUGACCCGGCUGGCCGGCUGUCCAACUGGUCUUUCUCUGCCAGUCUCAACCCAGAUGUCGCCUCGGCCCAUUGUCACGCUGUCCCUGCCAUGUUUACCCAUGCACCAGCACCACCAGUUCCAAGCUCAGCUCCAGGCUCAGGCUCGACUGACGCCCAUGUCCCCCGCCCCGGCCCAAACACCACCCCUCCACACAGUCCCUGACCUUUCCCACAGUCCGCUCACCCAGCUGCCCAGCAAGCCUCCUGAUGAUUUUUACAGUCUGCACAGUGACACACACACAGAAGUGGAUGCACUGGACCCUAGCAUCAUGGACUUUGCGCUUCAAGGUAAUCUGUGGGAAGAAAUGAAAGACGACAGCUUUAACCUGGAUGCUUUGGGCACCUUCAGUAACUCACCCCUUCGACUAUCAGACUGUGACUUGGGAGCGGCCAACUUCCCUCCUGCCUCCAGUGGAGGGAACCUGCCGCUGCCAGAUGUGCAUGUGACGGGGCUCUACACCUACACAUCCCAAGACGCCCUCUCUUCCCAGUACAUGGGCGCCGCAGCCAACAGCAAGCCCAUCCCCCUGCUUUAAAGAAAUGUUUCUCACACAGAUUCACCAUGAUCUAUUCUGCAGUCUAUGGUGCCAGUUGAGGAACAUCUAGGGUUUGGUUUCUUCAGUGCUCUGAAAAGAUAUGGAACCUCCUAAAAGAAAAAUGUAUGAGAAUUGGUUCAGUCCAUAAGGAAACUGUUCAUCACAGACUAAAACAGUUGAUAAAUGAGAUGGUGGCUGUAAGAAAAACAAUGUAAGACAACAUCUAGCUUUGCCAAGCAAAGAAUCAAAAGCUGUUUGAGUACAAAGAUUGUGUGGAGAAAUAUGUGUAUGUUAGCAACUGUUCUGCUACUGAGUUUACUCUGCGUUUUAAAGCCUUUCCACAAUGUAGCCCCCGAACUCUUGUCUGUUGUAUUGUGCUAGACAUUAUUGCUGUGAAGUUUAAUUUAUAUUUAUAAAAGGCAGCUGGAGAAGGUGAUGACUCCAUCAAUCUUUUGCUGUAUAUAUUUGAAUGUUUGAUAUUUCUAUCAACACAGGAACUUUUUUUUUUUUAAUGACUGCAUUUACCCAAAUUGUUCCAAACUGCAAAAGUCCACAUCCAGCAAUCCAUAUUUUACAAAUUGCUUUUCUACACAUUGGUGAUUAGCAUGCUUGAGGGUUAGAUGUGUGUUAUGCUAAGUAAUUGGAUCAAAAUGAAAAUGGGUAAAUAAACAAAGCCUCUUGAUACUGAAUCGCAUUGAUGACAUUUA